AUGCCACAGGAAAUUGGUGUAGGUUCCCCUGUAUGGGUCGAAGUCCCAGAAUUGGCUUGGACUGAUGGGGUUGUAACUAGUGUUAAUGGAAAUGAAGUUGAGGUUGAGAUUAGAAAUGAGAAGAAGGUUACUACAAAGUUAUCUAAAUUGCAUCCCAGGGAUAUGGAAGCUCCCGCUGGGGGUGUUGAUGACAUGACUAAGCUAUCAUACUUGCACGAGCCUGCUGUGCUUUACAAUUUGGCCAUAAGAUACGGAAUCCAAGAGAUUUAUACAUACUGCGGGAAUAUUCUCAUUGCUAUCAAUCCAUUCCAAGCUCUCUCACAUUUGUAUGAUCAAAAAUUGAUGGACAGUUAUAAAGGGGCUCAACUAGGGGACCUGAAACCUCAUGUUUUUGCUAUUACUGAUGUUGCAUAUAGGGCGAUGAUUAACGAAUGCAAAUCCAAUUCUAUAUUGGUCAGUGGUGAAAGUGGAGCAGGUAAGACCGAAACCACCAAAUUGAUUAUGCGCUAUCUUGCAUAUUUGGGUGGCCAUACUAGUGCGGAAGGACAGACAGUUGAACGAAAAGUUCUAGAAUCAAACCCUGUUCUUGAAGCAUUUGGAAAUGCAAAAACUGUCAGGAAUAACAAUUCAAGUCGUUUUGGAAAAUUUGUUGAGAUUCAAUUUGAUAGACGUGGACAAAUAUCAGGGGCAGCCAUUAGAACCUAUCUCCUAGAAAAAUCUCGUGUUUGCCAAAUUUCAGAUCCUGAAAGGAACUACCACUGUUUUUAUCUUCUUUGCGCUGCUCCACCGGAGGAGAUUGAGAGGUAUAAGUUGGGAGAUCCUACGACGUUUCAUUACCUUAACCAAUCUAGUUGUUAUCAACUGGUUGGUGUAGAUGAUGCCCAAGAUUAUCUUAAAACCAAGAAAGCUAUGGAUAUUGUUGGGAUGACUGAGAGCGAACAGGAAGCAAUUUUCAGAAUUGUAGCUGCAAUUCUUCAUCUUGGCAAUAUUGCAUUUGCUAAGGAAGAAGAAGAAGAUUCAUCCGUGUUAGAGGACGACAAAGCCAAAUUUCAUCUUCAAAUGACAGCAGACCUACUCAUGUGUGAUCUUGAAGCAUUGGAAUCUGCACUAUGUAAGCGAAAUGUGGUUACCCCAGAAGAAGUUAUCAAAAAAAGCCUCGAUCCACAUGGUGCAGCAGUUAGCAGGGAUGGUUUAGCAAAGACAUUAUAUUCACGUUUGUUUGAUUGGCUGGUUAAGAAAAUAAACGUUUCCAUUGGGCAAGAUACUGACUCAAAGUGUCUCAUUGGAGUCCUUGACAUUUAUGGUUUUGAAAGUUUUAAAACUAGCAGUUUUGAGCAGUUUUGUAUUAACUUCACCAAUGAAAAGCUGCAACAGCAUUUCAACCAGCACGUGUUCAAGAUGGAGCAAGCUUUAUACAAAGAAGAAGAAAUAGAUUGGAGCUAUAUAGAAUUUGUUGAUAAUCAAGAUGUUUUGGAUCUUAUCGAAAAGAAACCAGGGGGGAUCAUUGCUCUUCUUGAUGAAACAUGUAUGUUUCCAAAAUCAACCCAUGAAACCUUUGCCCAAAAGCUCUAUCAGACAUUCAUGACUCACAAACGCUUUGUAAAGCCAAAAUUGGCUCGCACAGAAUUUACCAUUGUCCAUUAUGCAGGAGAGGUCCAGUAUCAGUGUGAUCUGUUUUUAGACAAAAACAAAGACUACGUUGUUCCUGAACAUCAGGAAAUGUUAAGUGCUUCCAAAUGUUCCUUUGUAACAACCCUUUUUCCUCCACUUAAUGACGAAACACCUAAACUUGGCAAGUUCUCAUCUAUUGGUUCUCGUUUCAAGUUACAAUUGCAACAAUUGAUGGAUACACUAAAUUAUACCGAACCCCACUACAUCAGAUGUAUAAAACCGAACUCUGAUUUAAGACCUGAAGUAUUUGAGAAUGUCAAUGUCUUGCAGCAACUACGUUCUGGUGGUGUUCUAGAGGCAAUCAGAGUCAAGUGUGAGGGAUACCCUACUAAUAGAACCUUUAGUGAAUUUAUAACUCGAUUUGCUAUUCUUGCGCCAGAAGUUUUGGAUGGGAUUGUUGAAGAAAAUGUUGCAUGCAAAUCGAUUAUGGAAAAGAUGGGCCUUUCAGGGUAUCAGAUAGGGAAAACGAAGAUCUUUCUAAGAGCUGGUCAUAUGGCAGAGUUGGAUGCACACAAGGGAAAAGUACUUGGAGAGUCCGCAAAGGCUAUUCAGAAGAAAGUUAGAUCUUGUUUAUCUCGUAAACACUAUGUCGAUAUCCGUACGGCUUCUAUUUGCAUACAAACUGCUGUGAGGGGAAUUCUAGCUUGUGAAUCAGUGAUAUUCAAGAGAAAAAUAGCAUCUGCUGUCAAAAUUCAGAAGUCUUUCCGCAGAAAAGAUGCUAGUAAAAAGUACAUGGAUAUCAAAUCUUCAGCAAUUAUAUUGCAGACAGGUGUGCGUGCCAUGGUUGCCCGUAAUGAGUUUGAAACUAGGAAACAAAACCAUGCUGCAGCUACUAUACAGGUGUGCGUGCCAUGGUUGCCCGUAAUGAGUUUGAAACUAGGAAACAAAACCAUGCUGCAGCUACUAUACAGGUUAUUGUCCAGCUUUUGUUUAAUGUCUAAAGAAUUAUCUUAUUAUGUUUACAAGUUUCUUACUUUGAACAAAUCCUUGCGUCAUAUUGGUGAUAUCAUAAUGCUGUUUCAUCCUAUAAGAAGAUUAAAAAGGUAUCAGUCCUUUCACAAAGCAUAUUACGGUAGGUAUUGUUUUACUUUCCUAAGUUUCUUCAGCCAAAAUAUUCUACCCUCCCUCUUCUGGGUUAGCUAUAUGCUAAGUGGUCCAAUGCCAUUCAAAGCACCUUCCUUCGGAAAAGGAGUUCAGAAUCGAACUCCUUCCCUUCCUAACUUAAAAGGACCUGCUCCUAGAUACAAAGAAGAAAAAGAAGCCCUACAAAAUAAAGAGGCAGAAAAGCAAUCAACUGUUGGCGUACAUGAGAAAGCAGAGCUACUAGAUUCUUCCCCUUAUGAACAUAACGAAGGAGAAAAAGUCAAUGUGUCUCCUGACGAAGAGCAAGAGGUCACUGAGAAAGAAAUUGAAUCAUGUCCUAUGGUUGUAGAAAGAUCAAUUCCCAUACAAGAUGCUUUGAAGGCUGAGAACCUUCCAUCAGAAGUUGAAAAGCUAAAGGCCCUCUUGAUGGAAGAAAAGAGAAGAGCUGAUGAAUAUGAAAAGAAACAUGCUGAAGAACAAGAAUUAAGUGAGCUAAGACGCAAGAAAUUAGAAGAAACUGAAAAGAAAGUAUGUCAGCUUCAAGACUCUUUGAACAGGCUCGUAUUUAGUAUGUCUGAGCAAUUUUCACAACUUAAAACGUUUUUACAAACUUCAUCAAAUUCAAUAUCAGCCUCAGCCUCAGCCUCAACCUCUCCACCCAUUGCGCGAGUUGAUUACUUUGAUAAUUUGGACAACUCUGAUGAUGCUUCAUCAAAUGGCUCAGAUUUUGCAUUUCGAGCUUCAGGUCUUGCUUCAGCCAACAACUCUUACCCCCCUGCUAAAGAUCCCCAUGUGCUUGUUAAGGACGCUACAACCGCAGACAUUACAGGUACUGCAGACAGUGAUAAGGAUGGGGCAUUUGAUGACUACUUCUGACGGAUCUUUCUGUUUCUGUUUCUGUUUCUUCAUACCCAUAGAUGAACGGAAUGACGGAUAUAAAUACAAUUCCAAUAACAUCACAGUGUAGGCAUGUAAGACUCCAAACCAAACUAUUACAUACACCACAUACAGGAAUUGUAUA